GCUAGCGAGGCGAAGGAGGUUCACAAUUCCAUGACAGCUUCUUGCUUCUCGGUUUUUGAGGCGUUUGGCGAUAAACUCCACGAUACUUCCGGAUCCAUAGCUCCAGUGAUAGAUGUCAGUGUGGCGUAUAAUAAGCAAAGUCAUAUUCCUCGCCUCCUUUGCCAAUUCGUUUCAGGUCCCAAACCCGAUUCCAGCAUAAUCCUUCGUUUGAGCUCGCUAAUUGAGGAACCGUUCAUUACGUUUACCAGGAAAUUUGACCUUUGUGGGUCGACUAGUGAUCAGGCGCGUCCCCAUCAGUGUUAUGAAUACUACAAAGAGAGCGACAACAACAACGCCCGUACAAAGAAGAGGAGAGCAAAGGGGAUACGCAAAUCCUUGUCUAAUUGUGUGACAAGACAGGACAGACAUGGCGUUGAGGGCACCCUAAAACGAUCGAGAGCGCAACAAUGGGGAGAAGUCCGAGCUAUACUUGGUAAUCGUUUGUUAGAACUACCAUAUGUCGGUUUCUGUAAGGUUCGUAAGGAACAUCCCGCGUAA